UGAACUAAGUGCCGGGUGAUAACAUUACAUGAAAGCAUGAUACAUGCCGCAAGAUUUGCUUUAGUCUGUUGAGAGAUGGUGAAUUAACGCUUAAUAAUUCUCAUUGAAGUAUAAAAUAGUAAGCGUGUGAGUCGCUGUAAAUCUGUUUAUGUAUUAUGUAUUAUUUAUGCAUUUUUCUAUUAAAACCUGCCAGAAUUGUGGACUACAAUAACGAAUUUUUUAUACAUAAAGAAAAGCAUUAUAUAAACCGAGUUUGACAUCAAAAAUCAUCCAACUUUGUAAUGUAAUAUUGCAACGUAUGUAUUUAUUUAAUGACAUAGAAACAAUUUUUAUGCAAGAUUUUGUAUCGUAAAAUAAUUGUGGAAGUAUAGUUAGAAAAUAUAAACCAGUUUUGUAAGAAUAUACAUCUUACAAGCUAUAUUGAAAUCUAUUUUAUCAUCAUUAAAGUAAAUAUAUAAAAAGACUAGUUCGCAAUCAUGCCUCUGAUCCGUCAAGAUGGUAAAGACACUAUAAUUUUUGCAUCUAAAGAAGAUCAUGCAUCACCUUGUACAAUCGAACUUCCAGAACCAGAACCAAGUCCAGGAUUAAUAUUACCGAAUGGAGAAAUAAAUUGGAAUUGCCCGUGCUUAGGUGGCAUGGCAACUGGUCCUUGUGGUUUAGAGUUUCGUGAAGCUUUUUCAUGUUUUCAUUAUUCUACUGUGGAUCCAAAAGGUGCUGACUGCCGUGAGCAAUUUACAACUAUGCAAAUAUGUAUGUCAGAUUAUCCUGAAUUAUAUGGUAGUAAAGAAUCUGAAGAUGAUACGAAUCAAGCAUCGAACUCUGGAAUGUCGGAUGUAAAAGACAUUGCUAUAGAAAGCAAGGAUAAAGCUAAAAAAGAAACAAACGAAGGAAGUUGACUGAAAAGAAAAAGAUAAAAUAUUUCCAGUAGAAAAGAAGGGAUGGAAUAUGUUGCAAUAAAAUAAAAUUCAUGCAUUGAGCAUUUUACAGUA